AUGGCAGACAGCCAACAAACCAUAUCACUCCCAUCCAUAGUUCUCCUCACAGCCGUCAGCUUUUUCGCAGUCCGAUAUUUCUUCUUUCCCUCAAGCCCAAACUCCUCUACCGGCUCCCGCUCUCAGCGCUCAAGACAAGCGGAUCCUAAUGAUGUGGAACGAAUAGCAACUAUGUUUCCACAAGUGUCGAGGCGGGAUAUAAUGUGGGACCUACAAAGAAAUGGAGGGACCGUGGCAGCGACAACGGAGAGGAUACUGUCAGUCGGCGCACUGGAUACGGUAGGAACGCUAGAUUUGGAGCACGUUAUAUAUUUACUGACUUCUCUGUCACCUCAGCCGCCUCAAAGCUUCCAGCCCGUCAUUCCAAACGCAAGCUCUUCAAGCUCAGGAUCGUCCUCGCAGACUAAGCCUGAAUACAUGGAUCUCAUAAAACGUUACAACCUCUCGGACAAAGUAUCCACAGCGCCAUCACCGGUAGGUGACUCUGCUUCUUCGAAACAACAGACUUGGAGCCAAGACAAGAAAGAGCGACAAUCGAUGUUUCAGAAGCGAAGGGAGGAUAUGAUCCUUGCUGCGCGGAGGAAGAUGGAGGAGAAAGAGCGCAAUGAUGCUACAUGA